GUUAGGACCAUGGUUGAAAUGUUAUUAUAAUAUCUACUUCAACCAUGGUCAGGACGGGGUAGACAAAUUAAAUCUGCGUGUCUCUAUGAAAUGUCGGGACAAAGUACAACUCUGUGUCCGAUGACUCCGAUGCCCGAUGCCCCGUCACCCACUCACCCACAUAAUAUUAUAUCUUAGUCCGCGCCGUCUCCAUAGAACUCGUCACGUUAGGGCACUAUUAUAGAUAUUGUAUGUAGAGCCUUGGUCACGUGUUGUCAACGUUUUAUACUUUUGUCUAUUGUCGGAUGUCGAUAAGUAAAUACUACCUACUGACUAUUAUACACGAAUGCGAAAGUCGAGUAACACGAAGUCGAGUAACAAGUUAAGGCGUUCUAACUUCUUAUUAUUUUGAAUUGUAGUAAUUACCACAUUUUUUAUAGAAUUUAAAUUUUCAUUCAACGUUAAAUCUACAUAAAAUCAUACCGUAGAAUAAUCUGGUCAAUAACGUGAACGACAAUUUUAUUGUCGCCGAUUUCGUAAACUUUGGUUGCUAUAGUAAAAAGAUGGAAGACACUGCUGUACAGAAUUGUUCGCUUGGAAGUAUACCAAAGCAAGUAGCAAUACUGGAUAGUACAUAUUGUGAAUAUGCAACAUUUGAAAAUUGCUCUCACAUAAAUGGAGUAUUUAAAGGUCUGCAAUCAUUACGCGAAAAUAAAGUUUUUUGUGAUAUUGAAUUAGAAACUGACGAUGGUACUAUAGUAUUUGGACACAAAAAUGUCUUAGUAUCAGCUUCUCCGUAUUUCCAUGCAAUGUUCACUAGGUUUGAAGAAAGCACCAAAGAUCAUGUUGUUAUAAAAGAAAUAGAUUCUACAAUUUUAAAACUUUUAGUAGAUUUUAUUUAUAAUGGAAAAAUUACGGUCACCCUAGAAAAUGUACAGGUUUUGUUACCUUCUGCAAAUCUCUUACAGUUACACUAUGUAGAAGGCGUGUGCUGUGAGUUUUUACAAACACAACUACAGCCUUCAAAUUGUCUUGGCAUCAAAUCAUUUGCUGAAUUGCACAGCUGUAUGGAACUGUUAUCAAGUUCUGAAGCGUAUAUUAAAAAAAAUUUCCUAGAAAUUGUUAAAUGUGAUGAGUUUUUAUUUUUACCUUUUGAAGAAGUAAUAAAGCUUAUCUCCUGUGAGGAUCUUAAUGUUUCAUUUGAAGAAAAAGUAUUUGAAUGUGUGAUUAAUUGGGUAAAAUAUGAAUUAAAUUGUAGAAAAGAUAUUUUGCCUAAAUUAAUGGAACAAGUACGUUUGCCAUUGGUAUCAAAAAAAUACAUACUAAAAGAAGUACUUAAGGAACCUCUUCUCAAUGAAAGUUCUAAAUGUAAAGAUUAUGUGAUUGAAGCAUUAAAUUUUCAUCUAAUUAAGACAGAACCGCUUUGUAAUAUUCCAGAAAAUUUUCGCUGUAAACCUAGACCGGGUGCAUUACAAAAAGUUGUUUUAGCGUUUUUUUGUUCUUACAAUGAUAAAGAAGAUUACAAAGAAGUUUGGCUUGACCCAUCAACCAACAAAUGGCACUUUGCACCAAAAAUGAAUACAUGCUGUGUUAAUGCUAAAAGUGAAGUAAUCGUAGUAAAAGAUAAUUUUUUGUUCAGUUUUGUUUCAACCAACUUUGUGUCUAUGAUGUAUAUGCUUGAUUUAUCUGUACAAUUUCCUUUGUGGAUUCUAAACAUUCCCAUGUUAUUAAAUCGAAAAGAUUUUGGAAUUGGUAUAAUUGAUAAUUGUAUAUUUGUAGUUGGUGGAGCUGUGCCUGAUGUUUCAACAGAAACAUAUAACAAAGUAGAAGUUUAUGAUGUAAGUAUUCAUGAAUGGAAAAAGGUAUCUAGUAUGACUACUAAAAGAAAAAUGAUUGGCGUUGGAGUGCUCAGCAAUUUUUUAUACGUGGUAGGAGGAUGCGAUGGUUCAGUUAUUUUUAAUAGUGUUGAAUGUUAUGAUCCCAGUCUUGACACAUGGUCAAAUAUUGCUGAAAUGUCUCAACGUCGAUAUGGUGCUGGUGUAUGUGUCUUGAAUGGUGUUAUGUAUGUUGUUGGUGGUAAUGAUGGAUCGGUAGAUCUUAAAAGUGCUGAAAUCUAUAGCCCAUGUGAUGGAGUUUGGUAUACUAUUUCUGAUAUACAUCACUCCCGAAAUAGGCCUGUUGUAAUUGCAUUCAAUGGUUUAAUUUAUGCGAUGGGUGGAGUCAAAAGGUCCACAACUUUUUAUCAAUCUAUAGAAAUUUACAAUCCCAACACCGAUACAUGGGUAUUCAUGGAAUUAGAUACCAAUAUGCCUGAUUAUAUAAUUUAUGCUGGUGUGGUCAUUGAUAGGCCACCUCAUUUUAAGACUCAUUAGAGCUAAUAACUUAUUUAUGUUUAACUUAUAAUAAUUUAUAUUUUACUAUUUUUCUAUCUUAGAAUUUAAGGAUGUUCGAUUAAAAGGUUUUUUUUAUAUUAUUAAAAUUGUUUAUUUUUAA